AUGAUGGACGCGAGUGUCCGUGAGUGUCAAUGGGUGUCAGUUGGUAUGGAAGUGGAGUGGCAGGAUUGGAGGCAGAAGGGGAGGUCUGGACAGUCUCGUGCCGAACCGAGGGUCGCCCUUGCCCCUGACGCCGCCCAGCCAAUCGCAGCCCGUGCCUUUGACUCAGCGACCAAAAGCCUCGUCAGCGUCGUGGCUCGAGCAUGGACAUGCCUCGUCCGUCUGCCAUUUCUAGAUUGCCAUAGACGAGGCUGUGACGUUCUAGCUCCCACUCUAUUUCCAGCGCCUCCCGUCGCUAUCGGGAAUACCGCCAUGUUCCACGACACUGUCCCAUGCUUGCCACGGCAUAUAUCUAAGGAACCUCGUCGGCACCUUGGUCGUAGACCCCAUCAUGUUCCUUCCCGCCAUCCAUCCGUCCCCACAGCCCGGCAUAAGAAACGUUGA